GGGUCGAGUUGCCUGCUCAUCGCAGGCGAGUCAUCACCCAAAAAAAGACGAUCCAGCCAAUGGCAGGCCGCGGCUGGGGACACACGUGGACGGGACACCUUUAAAACCUAGCUUGUGUGUGUGACACAGGUUCAUUUUUUAGGGAAAGUGUCAUCGGUAGGCAUUAGUUGGCUGAUGUUUGUGUUUAACCCGUUUUACCUCUGGACUAUUCACUUCUGUCUCCUUUAAGAUCUCGACUGUCCACGAUUCUGAAUCUGGAACCGCCUUUCCCUGUGUGUGUGUGUGUGUCUCUCUCUCUCUCUAUCGCUCUCUCGCUCUCUCUCUAUCGCUCUCUCUCUCUCUAUUGCUCUCUCUUCUCAAUAAGGUCACUAUAGCCAGCUAUCUCUGAUCUGAUUAAUGUUUCAACAAUGUUAGCUGCUUCAUCGACACUCUCAGGUCGUCAAUGAAUUCCCAUUGACUUUGACCGCGCCGGUCGCUGUCCGAGGUUCUGAAUUCUCUCCUUCACUGUCAGCUCGGGAUUCUGUUUGUCAAAAUUAACAAUCAUAUUUAUUAAUUUAAUAUCAUCUGAAAAUAAACGGCAUCACUUUUUUUCUUCAAGGUUCUGCUUGGGGAUUUUUGUUUUUGUAUUUCUGGAAAAUCAAUUAAAGUUUGCAGCUGGAAAAUGUUUCAAAACUUUAUCGAUUUUUAAAUGAUACACGGACAACGUAGCUGAAAAGCAGCAUUGAUUUGUUUUGUAAGGUUACGUCUACAAGGGACGUCUGGACUUUUUUGUGUUUGUUUUAUUAUUAUUGUUUUUCAAAUCCAAAGUUUUUUAAAAAAAAGUAUUUUUGUUUAUUUUCCCUUGGAGAAGAAAAUAUUCGAGUGCUUUCAGAUCUGGAGUGGCUUGACUUACCUGUUUAUCUGUUUGAUACUCACGCGUAGAUACUGCCUUGGAACUGUCUGCCGGCAGAGACUCCAAAUGCUAGUCUAAAGAAAGUCCAGCAGUUUUUGGAAAUGGAGGCCUCCGCCAACGGUUCCAGUUUUGGGAUCGACUCUUUACUGUCCCACAGACCAGGAAGUCCAGUUUUAUCCAAAGGGGACAGUUUGAUGGGAGAAUGCAGAUCCCCGCUGGAGCUCAGCCCGGGCUCCGACCUGGGUAGCGGCUGCUCGUCUCCUCCUUCCCCGAGGCGGGAGUGCGUAGAAGCGGCCGUGCAAAGACAAGCUCACCCACUCGGGCUGGACUCCCAUCUCCAACGCGGAGGGCAGGUCUCGGGCGGCUCACAGCCCAGGACCGUCACAUCUUCGUUUCUCAUCAGAGAUAUUUUAGCGGACUGCAAGCCGCUGGCAGCCUGUGCCCCGUAUUCCAGUCACUGCCAACCGACGCAAGAUCCAGGGAGCCUGGCGUCUAGAAUCUCAGACGACUUUACUGACAAAGCGGACAAAAUUCACAGCAACUCCUCCUCCGAUACAGAGUAUAGAGUGAAAGAGGAAGGCGACCAGGAGAGAUGCAGCAGUCGGGACAGCCCCUCGGUCCGGCUCAAGAAGCCUCGCAAAGCCCGGACCGCGUUCACAGACCACCAGCUGGCGCAGCUGGAGCGCAGCUUCGAGAGGCAGAAGUACCUGAGCGUGCAGGACCGCAUGGAGCUGGCGGCGUCUCUGAACCUCACCGACACGCAGGUCAAAACGUGGUACCAGAACCGCAGGACAAAAUGGAAGAGACAGACAGCAGUGGGACUCGAACUUUUAGCAGAAGCUGGGAAUUACUCGGCCUUGCAAAGGAUGUUUCCCUCGCCCUAUUUCUAUCCGCAGAGCCUCGUGUCAAACCUGGACCCCGGGGCAGCCCUGUACCUGUACCGGGGCCCGUCCGCUCCUCCCCCGGCUCUGCAGCGGCCCCUCGUCCCAAGAAUCCUACUUCACGGCCUGCAAGGAGGAAGCGAACCUCCCCAGUCUCUCCCCUCGCUUGCUGGAGUCCUCUCCCGGGCCGCGCAGCCACGGUGAACCGCCCUGAAAGACACGUUCAACACACGGCAGCUCAGAACUUUAUUUAUGGGGGAAAAAGAGAAGCAUUUAAACUGUUUUUUUUUUGUUUUAGUUUUUUUUAACAAAAAGAACAGAAACGGUGGUGGCAUUACAAAACCUUUAAACCACUCAGAACUUUAAAAAAAAAAUAUUUUGAACUGAUACCCCCGCACAUUGUUUUUGAGGGGGAAAACUAAUAAAUGUGACGUAUUUUAUUUUAUUUUAUUUGUUUCAGCUCAAACCACAAGUAUUUUGUUUUCAAUUAUUAUUAUUUUUUUUAAUUUAUUUAUUUUUAAACAGAGGCAGAAACUUGGCCUGUAUAUUUAAAAAAACAAACAAAACAAAAAUACAUUGGCACUUUGAAAGAUUUCACGUAAUUAGUAUUGAAUAACGUGUCAUAUAGGCCUCCAUACAUUUCAACAGGGUUAAUGCACAGUAGACGAACAAAGUAUAAUAGAAAGGAUACUGCACUAACACUUCAUAAUAAAUCUAAUGCAUAUAUUUAUCCGAUAUCUAUCUGGAAACAAAGAUUGACAAGUUCACCUUAAAACAGAUAUAGCUGACAUAUUGGCAAGCCACCGCGAGGAAAACACACCGAGUUUGUAAGGAUUCUGAAACCUUUUAAAACACUCCCAUCGAAUCUAUGCAGGGAUCUUUUGUUUAAAAAGGGCAUCCAUAGGCAUGGUUUUGUAUUUUAUUUUUACUGGUUAAUACAAAUCUAUUUAUUAAUUUGACACUAGCCCGGAUAAACUAUUUCCUACAGUGUUGACUUCAAAAUGCCAGUCAUGGAGCUUGCAGAUACAAGCCGUUAUAAACAGGAGGGAAAUCUCUCUCUCUGCAAGAUGUUCUCCAAAUGGAAUUGUAUGUGUGCAAGCCAUUAUUAUUAUUAUUAUUAUUAUUUAUUUCUUAGCAGACGCCCUUAUCCAGGGCGACUUACAAUUGUUACAACAUAUCACAUUAUACAUUAUUUCACAUUAUACAGAUAUCACAUUAUUUUUACAUACAAUUACCCAUUUAUACAGUUGGGUUUUUACUGGAGCAAUCUAGGUAAAGUACCUUGCUCAAGGGUACAACAGCAGUGUCCCCCACUGGGGACUGAACACACAACCCUCCGGUCAAGAGUCCAGAGCCCUGACCACUACUCCACACUGCUGUCUACUGCACGUGUAGCCAUUUUAAAGUGGAUCCCAAAUCUGGCUACUUUGUCCGUUUAUAAAACAUUCUUCAGCGCAUUUCUUCUAUUGUACUUAAAAAAAAACAUUUUAAUACAAAUAAUUUGAAUAAAUAAAUAGUAUCGUUUUUAAAACUUUCCUGUUAUCAAACAAAAAACAUAAUUUGGUGGCGGUGAAACUUCAUUAUUAAAAAAAAAAAAAAAAAAAAAAAAAUUAUAUAUAUAUAUAUAUAUAUAUAUAUAUUCUGUUCACACCGCAGUGCUAUUUUGUAUGCUUCAUAGCAGGUGUGGAAUUUGAAACCAAAAUGCAGGAGGUAUAACUACACUAUAAUAACUACACUAUAAUAACGUCACUAUAAUAACUUCACAGUAUCAAAUAAGAUCUACUAGGAACUGUUCUUUGUCUGCUCUGGUGCAAACAUAUAUUUCAAAACUUGUACUUUGGUAUUUUUCUUUCAUUUUAUUUUAUUAAACAAAACAGGUGUUCGUAUAUGUAUUAUUUUUGUAAGUUAUCGUCAUAAUUAUUUAUAUAUUCAGUUACAGAGGCGACGUACAAUUUUUUUUCAAUGAUUAUUUGAUAACGCAAUUGACCCCGUCUGUGAAGUCUCAGGAGCAAACCUCUGUCCUAACGGGAACCACAAGGGUUGAAAUUGAAGGGGUUGUUAAUAAUUAAACAAUCCACUAAUAGUCCGUUUUAAUUAGGCAAUCGAUUAACCCUUUGCGCCUGAAUCGUCUGUCGAGACGAGGCGUUCCCUCCAUUGAGCGGGUGAAUUGCGCAAUUUUUAAUUUAAUGUGAUGUGUAACAACAAUGUAAAUAUAUUUCUUUUCUUGGUGAAAAUGUAUACUGAAACUAUUUAUUUGUGAAACGGCUCAUAUUGUGAAGUGGUUCUCGUACUUCUGUAUAUUUAAGUUUUUCCCCAUUAAAAAAAAAAACACUGGUUUAGACAUUACCGGAAUGGGGAAUUUUACUUCAAGAGAAUUACUUUUUUUAAAUGUACAAAUAAAAUUCUUACAUACAAAAAAAAAACAACCAGACUCAAUUUUACUGAGAACAAGGGGUGAAGACAGAUAGACAGCUAGAUGGAUGGAUAGACAGAUAGAUGCGAGUUGAUUGGGGGCCAUAAGCGGCAAUAUUUUCUGCAUGUGCCCUGUGAAGACCCUGCUGUCACAGGAAACACUGCUGUUUAUAAAUGUACACCAAUAAUUUUAUGAGAAGACAUUAUAUUUGAUAACCGGUAUAAAUACUUAAAAAAAAAACAGCAGUUAAAUUGGUGCACCAGUCAACCUUAUU